UUUAUCACUGAAGUUUGACUAAAGAAAAUCAUGGGCCAGCAACGCAUGUGAGGACAUUGUACAGUUAGCUGAGAGCGGAACUACAUAUUGACACUCGAUCUGAAUGUGUGCUGAACGCAGCCCGAGUUCUUCUGUUGGGUCUCCCGUGUGAAUCCAGACAACCUUGUAUGUGUAAAUUAGUGCAGUCACACGACCAGUUUCUAAAUUGUUUCUAACCGUGACCGUGUUUUAAAGAGGUACUUGAUGGUCGAGUCAAACUAAAACAAGCGCCGAAGUCCAUCCGUCUACCUUUGGCACAACAUGGUCGGGUGAAUAGUCCACAUCACCACUGAAAUGUCUCUGCCAAAGAUUGCACGUCUCCCAUCAUCAGGGCUGCUGCGUUCCAUCCACCAGCAGCAGCAGCUGCUCCUCCCCUCCAUCACUCCUCUCACUGUGCCCAGAAGGGCUGUGAUUCAGGGUGAAUACAGACGACCUGGCCAGCCCAAAGAAAACAAGUUUCCAUGGGAGAAGAUUAACUUUGACCUCAAAAAGGGUUUGGAGGGGAUAAAGAAGAAUUUCACCCUGCUGAAAAAGGAGUUUUCUGACCGCUGGGUUGGUCCAGAAGGAAAACCGAUCCUUGAGCACAUGCUGGAGCAGAACCAAGUGAUAUGGGAGUUCAGAGGUCCAGAGAGCCUGGAUCAGUGGACGUUGUCCUCAGAUCGCGAGAUAGGCGGCCAAAGUGAAGUUUACUUGAAGCUUGGCAAAAACAAUACCACUUGUUUUCUGUACGGGACUCUGAGCUCUACUCCUCCAAGGGACGGAGAAACACGCUACAGUGGCUACUGCACCAUGCGCUCAAAGCAGCUACUGGCUUCAUUUGAUAGAAAAAAGCACUUUGAUUGGUCCAGUUUCAACACCCUGCAUUUGCGUGUGCGUGGAGAUGGCCGUCCGUGGAUGAUCAACAUUGCAACAGAGACAUACUUCUCUCACCAGAAAGAUGACAUAUACAAUUAUUUUCUGUAUACCAGGGGAGGGCCAUACUGGCAAGAUGUCAAGAUCCCGUUCUCCAAGUUCUUCCUAACACAUCGUGGGAGGAUACAAGAUGAUCAGCACCCUAUCUGGCUGGACAAGGUGAACACCAUUGGAUUUACCUUGGGGGAUAAAGCAGAUGGUCCAUUCCAGCUGGAGAUCGACUACAUUGGUGUCUGCAAAGAUUACGCGCACACUGAGGAGUUUGCCUAUGAGGCGUACAAGAAGAAUCCUGAAGUUUGAGAGCAACUAUUACAAUACUGCAGAUGAGCUCUUAAUGAAUAAUAGCCGUUAUACUGAACUACCUCUGUGUGGUGGACAAUUCCAGCCUGUCACUUAUUUUAAGACACUGUAUCUGCAUUCUAGUACAUGUACUAUGAUACUUCACCGACAGACAUUUCUUACCUGCAGAAAUUGGCAAAACAAACUCUAAAGUACGUUUCUAGUCAUAAAAAAUAAGCAGAUGUGAGGGAGAUAAAACAAUUUUAGAUGACAUCAUCUAUUACAGGAUAUGAACUCACCAAACUCACAGACAAUGCCAACCAACCACAUCUUAAUAAAAAUAUUGUUCAUGCAAAUUUAAA